AUGGAGGGUAAGCAAGCUCCACCCCUACCGCCCCGUGUCCUAACCAUCGCCAGGAAGUCGCAGCCCUCGUCAUCGACAAUGGGUGAGUUGGCAUCAACGAAGCCCAACACCGCCAUCCCUGCUGUGGAGGGGCUAUCUGCGCCCUCGCCCUAUCCGAGCCGCGACCAACACCUCUACAGCAGCGCGCGAGGUUCGGGUAUGUGCAAGGCCGGUUUCGCCGGUGACGAUGCGCCCCGAGCAGUGUUCCCUUCCAUUGUUGGCCGACCGCGUCACCAUGGUAUCAUGAUUGGUAUGGGCCAGAAGGACUCAUAUGUCGGUGAUGAGGCACAGUCGAAGCGUGGUAUCCUGACCCUGCGAUACCCCAUUGAGCACGGUGUCGUUACCAACUGGGAUGACAUGGAGAAGAUCUGGCAUCACACCUUCUACAACGAGCUGCGUGUUGCCCCCGAGGAGCACCCCGUCCUGCUCACCGAGGCUCCCAUCAACCCCAAGUCCAACCGUGAGAAGAUGACACAGAUUGUUUUCGAGACCUUCAACGCUCCCGCUUUCUACGUCUCUAUCCAGGCCGUUCUGUCCCUGUACGCCUCCGGACGUACCACCGGUAUCGUUCUCGACUCUGGUGACGGUGUCACUCACGUUGUCCCCAUCUACGAGGGUUUCGCCCUUCCCCACGCCAUCUCCCGUGUCGACAUGGCUGGUCGUGAUCUGACUGACUACCUCAUGAAGAUCUUGGCUGAGCGCGGUUACACCUUCUCCACCACUGCCGAGCGAGAAAUCGUCCGUGACAUCAAGGAGAAGCUCUGCUACGUCGCUCUUGACUUCGAGCAGGAGAUCCAGACUGCCAGCCAGUCCUCCAGCUUGGAGAAGUCCUACGAGCUUCCCGACGGUCAAGUCAUCACCAUUGGCAACGAGCGUUUCCGUGCUCCUGAGGCUCUUUUCCAGCCUUCCGUCUUGGGUCUUGAGAGCGGUGGCAUCCACGUCACCACUUUCAACUCCAUCAUGAAGUGCGAUGUCGACGUCAGGAAAGACCUAUACGGCAACAUUGUCAUGUCUGGUGGUACCACCAUGUACCCCGGUAUCUCCGACCGUAUGCAGAAGGAAAUCACCGCCCUCGCCCCAUCCUCGAUGAAGGUCAAGAUCAUCGCUCCCCCCGAGCGCAAGUACUCCGUCUGGAUCGGUGGUUCCAUUCUUGCUUCGCUCUCCACCUUCCAGCAGAUGUGGAUCUCAAAGCAGGAGUACGACGAGAGCGGUCCCUCCAUCGUCCACCGCAAGUGCUUCUAA